AUGGCGCCCAAAUCCAGCCCUGCUGCCACCGCUUGCUUCCUUCUCCUCAUGGCUGCAGCAGGGGUUGCGCAGGUUUUGGCGGGGACCGGCCCUGGGGAAAAGGACACCGAAAUUGGCGCUGAACGUCGUAGCCCCAAAGUCGUUCCAUCGAAAACUGGGGCUGUCGGCAGAAAGCUCCUGAAGGACGAGUACGUGUACGAGGAAGUGCGCGACCCGGCCGUCACGGCUGAGCUGCACCGGAUGCUGGGCACCGGCAAACACAAGACGGCGCAGUUCAUGGUGGCGCCCGGGCCGAAUAGCAUCAACCAGACCCAGAUCGCUUUGAACGGGCUGUCCGACGGGACCAUCAACCAAGUGCAGCAAGCUGUCAGCCAGCUGGGCAGCGGGUACAACACGGCAAUCCAAAUCGUCAUCAUUAACGAGAAGGGCGUCUGUCCUUAG